CCAUUUUGUCGGGACGGAGGAGAAGAAAGAAAACCUAACUGAUUCAGAGUGACCAAAGCCCAGAAGAUGGAGGUUCAUGUGGAGGAACAGGAGGAUAACUCCAGCAGUUCAGCCAACGGGAACAGACCUGAAUCCUCAGAUGUAAAAGGUCAGAGCAUCAAGUGGAGAACAGAGUCUCCACAAUCUGACAGUGUAUCUAUGAAGAGUGAAGCGUCCAUCGAUACACAUCCAGAUUUCAGUGACCAACCUCGACCCUCCAACACAAAAGAUCAGAGUCAGAGAUCAGAGUCUCCACAGUCUGACUGUGUAUCUAUGAAGAGUGACGAGUCCAUCUAUGAACCUCUAAAUUUCAGAGAUCAACCUCGACCCUCCAACACAAUAGUGAGGAAGAUGAGUGUUUGUGUGGAGGAGCAGCUACCCGCGGGUGCUUUGUGUAGAGAUGUUUUGAAGGAUCCAGUUUCUACCAGCUGUGGGCACUGGUUCUGUACACAGUGCAGUGCCUCACACUGGGACCAGUUGGUACCAGCAGGGCCUUCCUCCUGUCCCCAGUGUGGAGAAAGGUCCAGAAGAAAUGACGGACUGCAGAGAGACAGUCAAGGCAGCUCUAUGCCAGUAUAUUUUGGUCUACAUGAUGUUUUAGAGGAACAUAAGAACAGACUAAGGAUGAGAUGUGAAUAUGUGACUGAAGGAAGUGAUGAAACAGGAAGUAAAACCCCUUUCAAGAGGAUCUUCACUGAUCUAUACAUCACAGAGGGUCAGAGUGAAGAGGUUAAUGCCCAACAUGAGGUGGAGCAGCUGGAGAGAGCUUCCAAGAUCCAGAACCUCCAUGACUCUCCAAUCAGGUGCCAUGACAUCUUUAAAUCCUUCCCUGACCAACAUGGAGCCAUCAGAGUGGUUCUGACCAACGGCGUCGCUGGUGUUGGAAAAACCUUCUCAGUGCAGAAGUUCACUCUGGACUGGGCCGAGGGCUUGGAGAACCAGGAUGUCAGUGUGGUGGUUCUGCUGUCGUUCAGGGAGCUGAACCUGAUCAGAGAUCAGCAGCACAGUCUUCUCUCGCUGCUCCAUGUUUUCCAUCCAACACUCCAGAAGCUCCCAGCAGAGCAGCUGGCUGUCUGCAAACUGCUCUUCAUCUUUGAUGGCCUGGAUGAAAGCAGACUUUCACUGGACUUCAGCAGCAGGCAGCUGGUUUCUGACGUCACACAGAAGUCAUCAGUCAACGUUCUGCUGACAAACCUCAUCAGGGGGAACCUGCUUCCCUCGGCUCUCAUCUGGAUAACUACCAGACCUGCAGCGGCCAAUCAGAUCCCUCCUUCAUGUGUUUCCAGGGUAACAGAAGUACGAGGCUUCACCGACGCCCAGAAGGAGGAGUACUUCAGGAGGAGGUUCAGUGAUGAAGAGCUGUCCAGCAGAAUCAUCUCCCACAUCCAGACCUGCAGGAGCCUCCACAUCAUGUGUGGAAUCCCAGUCUUCUGCUGGAUCACUGCUACGGUUCUGGAGAACAUGUUGACCUCAGAGCAGAGAGGAGAGCUGCCCAAGACCAUGACUGACAUGUACUCACACUUCCUGCUGGUCCAGACAAAGAGGAAGAACAAGUACCAUGGAGGACAUGAGACAAGGCAACAGGAGCUGAUGGAGGCUGACGGGGAAGUUCUUCUGAAGCUGGGGAGGCUGGCGUUGGAACAUCUGGAUAAGGGAAAAUUUUUGUUUUACCAAGAAGACUUUGAGCAUUGUGGCCUUGAUGCCACAGAGGCCUCAGUGCAUGUGGGACUUUGUACAGAGAUCUUUAAACAAGAGAAAGGCAUCCUUCAAAAACCAAUUUACUGUUUCGUUCAUCUGAGUAUUCAAGAGUUUCUAGCUGCAGUUUACAUGUUCAACUGUUUCACAAAGAAAAAUACAGAGGUGCUGAACAAAUUCCUGGGAAAAACAUCCAGUGAAUUAUCUCUGGCAGACUUCAUGAAAGAAGUUGUAGAGAAGUCACUCAGAAGUGAAAAUGGCCACCUGGACUUGUUUGUUUGCUUCCUCCAUGGUCUCUCUGUGGAGUCCAAUUGGAGACUACUGGGAGGUCUGUUGAGUCAGACAGAGAACAGUCCAGAAACCAUCCAGACAAUCAUCAAGAAUCUGAAUGAGAUGAACACUGAGGACAUCUCUUCAGACAGAAGUGUCAACAUCUUUCAUUGUCUGAUGGAGAUGAAGGACCUUUCAGUUUAUCAGGAGAUUCAAGAGUUUCUGAAGACUGAGAAAAGAUCCAGGAUGAGACUGUCUGAGAUCCAUUGCUCUGCUCUGUCCUGGAUGCUGCAGAUGUCAGACGAGGUUCUGGAUGAGGUGGACUUGUGGAAGUACAGAACAUCAGAGGAGGGACGGCGGAGACUGAUCCCAGCUGUGAGGAACUGCCGAAAGGCUCGGUUAGUUAGAUGUGGACUCUCAGAUACUCACUGUGAAGUUUUGGCCUCAGCUCUGAAGUCCAAUCCCUCCCAUCUGACAGAACUGGAGCUGAGCGUUAACAACAACCUGAGCGACUCUGGACUGAAGCAUCUGUGUGCUGGGCUGGAGAGUCCAAACUGCAGGCUGCAGGCUCUGAGAUUGUUUUAUUGCAGGUUGUCAGAGAUCAGCUGUGCUCAUCUGAUCUCAGCUCUGAAGUCCAAUCCCUCCCAUCUGACAGAACUGGAUCUUAGCAGGAACAAAGACCUGGGAGAUGCUGGGGUUAAAGAGAUCUGUGGUUUUCUGGAGAAUCCGCUGAGCAAACUGCAAACUCUGAGACUGAUGGACUGCAGCUUGUCGGAGAGCAGCUGUUCUUCUUUGGUCUCAGCUUUGAAGUCAAACUCUUCUCAUCUGACAGAGUUGGACCUGAGCUGGAACAAAGACCUGAAAGAUGCUGGUGUGAAGGAGCUCUGUGACUUCCUACAGAGGCCUCUCUGCAGAAUACAGACUCUAAGACUGAUAGAGUGCAGUUUGACUGAGAUCAGCUGUGAUUCUCUGGUCUCGGCUCUGAAGUCCAACCCGUCCCAUUUGACAGAACUUGACCUGAGCUACAACAACUUGGAAGAUCCCAACGUUCAGCCGCUCCUAGAGCUCAUGGAGAGUCCAGAUUAUGAACUUCAAACUCUGCAGUGGACUUGAUGGUUUUGCAAAGGAAAGAGCUGAAACCUGAUGAUCCAUAAAGGCUGAAGCAGCAACAGUUUGAACAAACUGACUCAUUCAGAGCUAAUAUGCAUUUUGUUCUUUUAUGCUUUCCGGUAAAAGGGCAGAACUUCGACUCGGCGGGAAAUUUAAUGUUUUUCAUUGUUUAUUCAAUGUUGCAUGACUCUGUGUUUUUGCGUUUAAUGAUGUAAAGCACUUUGAAAUGCAUUGCUGCUGAAAUGUGCUAUAAAAUUUGAUUUGAUUUGAUUUAGAUUCAGUCCUGUUCUGUCUCAGUUGGUUAUUAUGCCUUAAGGAUUUGUUUGCACAAACUGUUGAAGAACAACUUAAAAUGUUAAAGGGAAGAUCAUUAUAGUCCCCGUUUCUACACCAAUUGUUACCCUGUUUGGUUUUGAAUGAUGAAACCCAGGUUUUAUGUAUUAUUAAAAGUAUAAGACCUGAAUAUGAAUU